CAAUGAGCUUGGCUCACGGCCUCCGCCAUGAGUGUCAAGGUGCUCCUGGGGCUCCUGACACUGUCCCUUGUCACCAUCUUUGCCCUUGCUUACGUUCUGCUGACCAGCCAAGGUGCUUCCAGCCAGCCUCCUCGCUGUCCCUUGGGGGCUCCCAGCGCCCAGACCUGGCCACACCCUGACCGGAGCCAGCUCUUCGCAGACCUGAGCCCAGAUGAGCUGACAGCUGUCAUGAGCUUUCUGAGGCAGCAGCUGGGGCCAGGGCUGGUGGACGCGGCCCAGGCCCAGCCCUCAGACAACUGCGUGUUCUCGGUGGAGUUGCAGCUGCCCCCCAAGGCUGCGGCCCUGGCUCACCUGGACAGAGGAGGCCCCCCACCGACCCGUGAGGCACUGGCCAUUGUCUUCUUUGGUGCCCAGGCCCAGCCCAACGUGAGUGAGCUGGUGGUGGGGCCUCUGCCCCGGCCCAGCUAUGUGCGGGAUGUGACAGUGGAGCGGCACGGGGGCCCCCUGCCUUACCACCGGCGCCCCAUGCUGAGGAUUGAGUCUGCUCAGAUGUGGAGGCAUCUUAAAGAGGUGGAGUUUGUCAAGGCCCCCAGCUUCCUGGCUUCCAUCUUCAACUACAACGGGUCCACUUUGGCACCACUCCAUGCCACUCCCAGUGGUUUGCACUCGGAUGGGGACCGAGCUACGUGGAUAGCCCUCUACCAUAACAUCUCAGGUCUUGGAUUCUUUCUCCAUCCUGUGGGGCUGGAGCUCCUGCUGGACCACAGAGCCCUGGACCCUGCCCACUGGUCUGUGCAGCAAGUCUUCUACCUCGGGCGUUACUAUGCGGACCUGAGGCAGCUGGAAUGGGAGUUUAAAGCUGGUCGGCUGGAAGUGAUUAGAGUUCCUCUGCCCCCGCCAAACGGAGCUUCAUCCCUGAGGUCCCGGGUGCCCCCGGGACCUUUCCCUACACUUGGUCUCUCGCCCCAGGGUGCCCAGUACAGCGUGCGAGGUAACCUGGUGGUGUCCCCGCUCUGGACGCUUGCCUUUGGCCACGGGGUAUUCAGUGGCAUGCGGAUGUUUGAUGUCAGGUUCAGGGGUGAGCGAGUGGCCUAUGAAGUGAGUGUCCAGGAGUGUCUGACUGUCUAUGGUGCUGAUUCACCCAAGACAAUGGUGACCCGCUACUUGGAUGGCACCUAUGGCCUUGGCCGCAAUAGCCGAGGCUUGGUGCGAGGAGUGGACUGCCCCUACCAAGCCUCAAUGGUGGACAUCCACGUACUUGCGGGUGCAGGGACAGUGCAGCUGCUCCCAGGGGCCGUAUGUGUCUUUGAGGAGGCUCAGACACUGCCCCUCCGGAGGCACCACAAUUACCUCGAGAGUCACUUCUACGGUGGUUUGGCCGGCUCGGCUCUUGUGGUCAGGUCUGUGUCAACUGUGGGCAACUAUGACUACAUUUGGGACUUUGUGCUGUACCCAAAUGGGGUGCUUGAGGGUCGGGUCCACGCCACGGGCUAUAUCAACACAGCCUUCCUGAGUGGAGGGGCAGAAAGCCUCCUCUUUGGGAACCGCGUGGGGGAGCGAGUGCUAGGGGCGGUGCACACGCAUGCGUUCCACUUCAAGCUGGACCUGGAUGUGGCAGGCCUGAAAAACUGGGUGCUAGCAGAAGACGUGGUGUUUAAGCCCGUGGCAGCCCCCUGGAGCCCCGAGUACCAGCUGCAGCGCCCUCAGCUGACACGGCAGGUGCUGGCACAGGAGGGCCUGGCGGCUUUUACCUGGGAAAGCCCCCUUCCUCGCUACCUGUACCUGGCUAGCAACCAGACCAAUGCCUGGGGCCACCAGCGUGGGUACCGAAUCCAGCCCCGCAGCCCCCUCGGUGUCCACCUGCCCCUGGAGAGCACCAUGGAGCGGGCCCUCAGCUGGGGGAGAUACCAGCUCGCAGUGACCCGGAGGAAGGAGGAGGAGUCUUGGAGCAGCAGCAUCUAUUUUCAGAAUGACAUCUGGACCCCCACCAUGACCUUCGCUGACUUCAUCAACAAUGAGACACUCUUAGGAGAGGAUCUGGUGGCUUGGGUGACAGCCAGUUUCCUGCACAUUCCCCACGCGGAGGAUAUCCCCAACACGGUGACCGUGGGGAACGGGGCAGGCUUCUUCCUCCGACCCUACAACUUCUUCGAUGAGGACCCCUCCAUCUCCUCUCCCGGCAGCGUGUUCUUCGAGAAGGGCCAGGAUGCUGGGCUUUGCCAUGUCAACCUUGCAGCCUGCAUACCCCACCUGGCAGCCUGCGUUCCAGACCUACCCCCCUUUUCUUACCAAGGCUUCUAG